AUGCAAUCCGUGCUCCAACCCGUAAUCGGUCCCAGAAGGGAGAUCCACGAUCUCACCGGCCGAGUCGCCCUAGUGACCGGCGGAGCCCUGGGUAUCGGAUACGAAAUCUCCCGCGCGUUUGUGCUCAAUGGCGCACGCGUCAUCAUGGUCAACCGCAAAGAAGAACAAGGCCAGUCCGCCAUCGACAAAAUCAAAGAGGAGGCUGGGCCCGACGCAAAAAUCGAAUGGAUCCCCUGCGACAUGGGCAAUCUGAAAGAAAUCAAGGAGGUAUUCUCUGGGAUCCGCGAGCGGGAGAGUCGACUGGACUUGCUUAUCCUCUCCGCGGGCAUCAAUGUCAACCAGUACGGCGAGACAACCGACGCGCUAGACCGACACUUCGAGGUGAAUUUCCUCGGGCAGUUCUACGUCGUUAACCAGCUUUGGCCUCUACUGCGCAAGACGGCGAAGAUGCCUGGUACGCCGCCGCCGCGGGUCGUCUUCGAGUCGUCCGAGCAGCACCGCAAUGCGCCCAAGGUGGUGCAUUUCGGGUCGCUUGACGAGAUCAACAACCCCGAGAUCGGCACCACGGAGGUCUACGGCCGGACGAAGCUGGCGAUCAUCCUGGGGGUCAAGUAUGGGCUAGUGGACCGGGUGAUUAAGCCGAACAAAGAUAAUAUCUAUGCGCUUUCGGUGCAUCCGGGCGCGGUCAACACGGCGAUGCAGCAGCAGUGGAAGGACGCGUACCCCGGUUUACUUGGCAAGCUGCUCACGACUGCGAUGCUGGCUGUGGGCCGGAAUGUCGAGCAGGGCUCGUACAGUGCCUUGUAUGCGGCAACGAGUCCAGAGAUCGAGGAGAGGGGAUGGAAUGGGUACUACUUUAGCGAUGUGGCACAGCCGGGGAAGGAGUCGGCGCAGGCGUCGGAUCCAAUGUUGGGUGCUGCGUUGUGGGAUUUGAGUCAUCGGCUCAUCAAGGAGAAGGUUGGGGAGGAUGGACUGGUGGACUGGAAUGCUUAG